UGUCAGUGCUGGGGUACAGAUACGUGCAGCCUGCAGGCACCACCAUGCUGGCCAUGUCGACGCUGAUGAUGCCGGCACCAACGAUGGCGCUCGGCGCACCGCAGCUGGCGGUCGGCCCGCACCAGAAGCCACCGGAAGCGAAGCUGCUCGCCAUCCAUCCGGCACACACGCAAACGCAAACCACUCCUCAGCAUCAGCUGCAGGCGCAACAGCAGCAGCAGCAGCAGCAGGCGCAACAGCAGCAGCAACAGCAUCAGCAGCAACUUCAGCAGCUGUCUGCAAUAAAGCAAGAGCAUUACCACAUAUUCGUGGGUGAUUUGAGCCCGGAAAUUGAAACGCAAACACUGAAGGAAGCGUUCGCCCCGUUCGGAGACAUAUCUGAUUGUCGCGUUGUUAGGGAUCCUCAAACAUUAAAAUCGAAAGGAUACGGAUUUGUUUCGUUCGUAAAGAAAACGGAAGCGGAAAAUGCAAUUGCGGCUAUGAAUGGGCAAUGGCUUGGUUCGAGGAGUAUUCGAACAAAUUGGGCAACUAGGAAACCGCCGGCUAGCAAAAACGAAAUCAACGCAAAGCCGCUGACAUUUGAUGAAGUGUACAAUCAAAGUAGCCCGACCAACUGCACCGUCUACUGUGGUGGCAUCGGUGGCACUUUGGCUGGCGGUUUGAAUGAAGACAUUUUGCAGAAAACGUUCUCCCCGUUCGGUACCAUACAGGAAAUACGGGUGUUCAAGGACAAAGGCUAUGCGUUCGUAAGAUUCUCGACCAAAGAGGCUGCCACGCAUGCGAUUGUUGCCGUGCACAACUCGGAGAUCAACUCGCAGACGGUCAAGUGUUCGUGGGGCAAGGAAAGUGGCGACCCGAACAAUGCGCCCUCGUUGGCUAGCCAGGCCCUCAGCCAGACUGGGUUUCCGUUUAAUACCGCCUACGGGCAGCAAGUAGCCGGCUACUGGUAUCCGCCGGCACCGGCAUACCCGGCAACACCAGCACCGGCGGCCACACCGCUACAGGGCCAAUUUCUGCAGGGCAUGCAGGGUUAUACGUACGGUCAGUUUGCCGGCUAUCAGCAGGGUUACAUGGGCAUGGGCAUGCAGAUUCCCGGUGCCUGGCCUGCUGUACCAGCGCAGGCGCAGCUACCUACUGCGGCCCAGCAAAUUACGGCCCAGAGCGUUGGCGGUGCAUUGCCCCAAACUGCCGGGGUCGUCGCGUACCCGAUGCAACAGUUCCAGGUGAGCACACCUACAAAUUUAGCUGAAGACGAAUGGUUAGCGCCAAGUCUUCUAGUGUAG